AUGAUUAAACAAAUUGAAAGUGAACCAGAAUACAAUCAACAUAAACAAGAUCAUGCUCAGGUGCAUAGUUAUGUAACCCUUUAUGUACAAGAUGUGCCCAUCAGUAGAUUUGAACCUGCUCAUCUAUUAUUUGUAACGGGUCUUUUACCACAUGAACAGUGUUUAUCAAUAUUAAAUAUUGUCUUAAAUCGUACAAAUGAUAGCGAAAUAAUUGUUAAAUCAAAAUAA